AUGCACGGGACGUUUGCUAAAGCAUCAAUUUUGGACGACGAUCGUGUUACGGCAAACAUGACUAGCAUUCUAUGUGGCGGUGUAUGUUACGCUGCUUCUGCAGUUCUCGUAUUGCUUACGUUGCGACCACGUCUUUUUAUCUGGUGCAACAAGCAGUUUGUCUCGUUUAAGGUUGUUGUGCAGACGGACGACGACCAUUGGACACUUCGACGGCCUUACAGUGACUUUGCUGCUCUAGACGAAGAGCUUCCUGAGGAAGUUCGUGCCGACUGCACUCUGCCGCUGGAAACAUAUGACGACAGAAAGCUAAUAUUAUGGAAGGAACGUCCGCGGUCUAUGAAAUCACGCCUUGAAAUGUAUCUGAAGAAAGUCUUACAUCACCCGAAGCUUGCACCUUAUGCGUCUCAAGCGCUAUGUGAAUUCCUUGAAAUGGAAUAUGUCGAGGAUGUUGCAUCCGCACGCUCAUAUUAUUCAAACUCGAUAGUGUAA